AACUCUGUCUACAUCUCUCUAGAACAAUCCGUCUUCACUCUCCUAUUUAAAUCCCACAAGUAUCUCACCAUCUCUAACCAGUUAAAAGACAAACAAAAAUAUCAUCAGAAAGCAUCAGAGCAAAGACGUAAAUCAGUUCACACUAUGGAUUUCGCAAGGUUUCCUAUCAUCUCAAUCCUCGAAGACAUGCUCGAAGUCCCCGAAGAGCACAACGAGAAGACCCGCAACAACCCGUCGAGAGCUUACAUGCGAGACCAGAAGGCGAUGGCUGCUACGCCUGCUGACGUCAUCGAGCAGCCUGACGCGUUCGCUUUCGUGGUGGACAUGCCGGGAAUCAAAGGAGACGAGAUCAAGGUUCAGGUCGAGAGCGACAACGUGCUCGUGGUGAGCGGAGAGAGGAAGAGGGAGAACAAGGAGAGCGAGGGAGUUAAGUACGUGAGGAUGGAGAGGAGGAUGGGGAAGUUUAUGAGGAAGUUUCAGUUGCCUGAGAACGCGGAUCUGGAGAAGAUCUCUGCUGCUUGUAACGACGGUGUGUUGAAAGUGACGGUUGGGAAGCUUCCUCCUCCUGAGCCUAAGAAGCCGAAGACUAUUCAGGUCCAGGUCGCUUGAGCUUGCUGGUUUUUUCUCUUUCGGUUCUGUCGUAUGUCUGUUUAGUUUUCCGGUUUGUACGUAAUCCGUGUCAAAUACUCGCGCAUGUGUUCUAAAGUAAAAUAAAAGGUGCUCUGUUUUUAUA